GGAAAACUGCCCAUGACAGGAAUGACCAUUACCAAGCUAGAAGACAGUGAAAAUCAUAAAAAUGCAUUUGAAAUAUCAGGAAAUAUGAUUGAAAGAAUACUAGUGUCUUGUAACAACCAACAAGAUCUGCAUGAAUGGGUGGAUCACCUGCAGAAGCAAACCAAAGUCACCACUGUUGGGAAUCCCACCAUUAAACCUCACUCGGUGCCGUCUCACACGCUUCCUUCCCAUCCAGUGACCCCCUCCAGCAAGCACUCAGACAGCAAGCCAAUACCACUGACUCCUGCCUACCACACCCUCCCUCACCCCUCACACCAUGGGACUCCACACACCACGAUAAACUGGGGACCGCUGGAACCUCCCAAAACCCCCAAGCCUUGGAGCCUGAGCUGCUUACGACCUGCACCUCCACUGCGACCCUCAGCAGCUCUCUGCUACAAGGAGGAUCUCAGUAAAAGCCCCAAAACCAUGAAAAAGCUGCUUCCCAAACGCAAGCCAGAACGGAAACCUUCGGAUGAGGAGUUUGCACUGAGAAAAAGUACAGCUGCUUUAGAAGAAGAUGCUCAAAUUCUCAAAGUCAUUGAAGCAUAUUGCACAAGUGCCAAAACUCGUCAAACACUAAACUCAACAUGGCAAGGCACUGACCUGAUGCAUAAUCACGUCUUGGCUGAUGAUGACCAAUCAAGUCUAGACUCCUUGGGUCGUCGCAGUAGUCUUUCUCGUUUGGAGCCUUCAGACCUCUCAGAAGACUCUGACUAUGACAGUAUAUGGACAGCCCAUAGUUACAGAAUGGGGUCUACAUCUCGUUCCCGUAAGGAAUCAGCUCCUCAAGUCCUGCUGCCAGAAGAAGAAAAAAUUAUUGUAGAAGAAACUAAAAGUAAUGGUCAGACUGUUAUAGAAGAGAAAAGCCUUGUUGACACAGUAUAUGCGCUAAAGGACGAAGUGCAGGAGUUAAGACAGGAUAACAAAAAGAUGAAGAAGUCACUAGAAGAGGAGCAAAGAGCUCGCAAGGACUUGGAGAAGCUUGUUAGAAAAGUUUUAAAGAACAUGAAUGAUCCGUCUUGGGAUGAAACCAACUUAUAACUAACCUUUUUCUUUUUGGUUUGUUUUUUUUUUUACCCCCUUUUUCUUUCUAUGGAAAGACCAGUCGUGGAACUGAGCUGGGAAGCCUCCUGACAUCAGUCAGUGUUGCAUCAGGAGCACUACAACACAGGAUGUAACUGGAUCUGGUGAUUUUUUGCUCUGCACACACAGAGACAGCCAAGCCAUUCACUGCAGCAAUCUGUACUCAGCGUGGAGACUGUGAAACCUGAACUCUCCUCAGCCUGAUUUGUUUGCAUCUAAAUUACCUCAUUUUUGCAGGAAGUGCAGCACCUGACUAAAAGUCCAUGAUUUUCAGUGGCUUUUUAAUGAAAUAUCUAUUUUUCAUGUACAUAGCUGUAAUUUUGAGUGCAUAUGUGAUUGAUGUAUCAGGGCUGACGUGUUCUUUUUUCCCCUCUUGUUAUGAUGGUCACAAGUGGUAGAAGUGAUGGCAGUACUGUCCUACUCAAGCAAGGUCAAAGGUCUCUGUGGAUAAUUAUGGGUUAGUUCCCAAUCACCCACUCACCACACAUGCAGAUUUAACCCCUUGUUUGUCCUCUUGACCACUAUAUUU